UCUGCAGGUGGAGUGGCUCUGGCUCCAGAGCGAUGCUGUGGUGUGUGUGCUGGCUGGGCUGGGCCUGAAUUGGACACACACAGGCCUGGAGAGGAGGCUAGGACAUGGGAGUCUGUGGAGGGCCAGAUGCCGGAUCUUCACUGUAGGUCUCCUGGCACACAUGGCGCAAUCAACCAUCGGGGGUGUGAUCAGAGCAGUAACAGUGUGGUGGAGCGGUUUGGGCGGGAGCUUCUGGUCCCUCCAGACUCUAUCAUCCUGACCCGGGGAGACCUCCCAGGGAACUCCCUGCGCUACCUCUACUACUGCCAGGGGGUCCGGCCUGAUGUAUGCCUCGUUGACCAGGAGGUCGAUACUUUGCCACUUAGGAUGAUGACGUAGAGCUGGUACGUGGCCAAGCUGGGCCAGCAUCACCCUUUGGUUCACUUCCAAGGGCGCUGGUGGGACCCGGUCUACACUGAGGAGAAAGACACCUUCAGUCUGGAGCAGUUCCUCUCUCACAACACAUAUUUCCACCCAGGGUCCUGGGAGAGGGUGGCUAACGAGGAGAUGUGGCAGGCCAGGAUGAAGACUGCUUUCUUUCUGUUUGACCUAGCUGAGAGGAUCCAGGGAGAGGGGAAAGCUCGCCUGUUUGAGCUCUCCUACACUCUGUAUAAGGAGAUCGUGGAGAGGCACACAGACUACCCUCCCAACUGGGAUAGGAACCUGGCCCUGGCCAGCGAGAGGCUCCUGCGCUCGGGGAAACAGGGCCACAGCCCUGACAGCCUGCUGACCUGCAGCAUCCAGCACUUCAGCAUGUACCUGGACAAGGAGCCCACGGACUCCCAGGCCCCCGCCAUCCGCACCGCCGUCUCCCACCUGCUGCAGGAGAGGACCAGGGUCCGGCAGAGACGCACCCCCUGAGGGAGGGGAGGGUUAGAUGGAGCAGGCACACAGGGAGUGGGCUUCUACUGUUACUACAGGACACUAUUGACAUGGAGACUCUUAGGAGAAGAGGUCCUCACAACUCAUUGUUGAAAGGAGGUUCCAGUGUUGCAGCCAGGGUACUUUGACUGGUGCUCUAGCCUCUUGUGGUUGGGCUAAAGGGUUUUCUCAAGGGUUGAACAGACUGGGCUCUCUGGAGGUGUUUGGAUACAGGUUUACCUGCACUCAUAGAUCAUGUAACAAUGUAUGUAUGACGACCUGCACCAUUCUUCCAUGAAGUAGGUCAUGAAAAACGUCCCUUGUCAAAGACUUGGCUAGAAAAUGGUACAUAAUAUGGAGGUGGUGUUGUUGGAGGUAGUGCUGGCGAUGAGGCUCUCUGUGAUGGGGUGGGGUUGUCCAGACAAACAGGACCCUGGCUGCACCUCACACUGCGGGAAUGUUUUCCACUGGGGACGUUACAUGACUUUUGCAGCCUGGACUGAACCCAAUCAAGUUGUUCAUGUCUCCCACACACACACACUCUUUUAUUGACUAUUUCCCUGCCUCUCUCUGCAUCUCUUCCUCUGCCUCUCUCACGGCUUUUAACGUUGUGAUUAUGUGGCCUCCUGCUGAUUUAGUUCUCUUUUUCUCCCAUUAGGAGGGUCAGGCUGAGAUUGAGGGAAACCCAAUUUGUGCGCAGAAAUGGGGGAUUAGAGCAGGCUCUUAAUCUGGGACAGACUUGUGCAGUGCCACGCUGUCCUCUGGGAUCUUAGCACGACCCCGGCUCCCAAUCGCCACCACUGCCCACCAACUAUCCAUCCAUCUGAGAUGGUCCUUUAAAAAACAAAUGGAUUCAAGGAGCUUUUUUUCUCCUUUUGACGGCAGAGCUAUAAUCCCUCACAAAUUUUAAUGAAAUAUUAAAUGUUACACUGCCAGGGACCCUUUUAGAGGUGUGUGUGUGCUCCUCCUGUGAAACACAGACAUGCAGAGAGAAACACACACACACACUGAAUAUUGGAGCGCUUUCAUCUCCAGAGAGACAUUCCGUUGCGCAGACAUUGAGAGUCAUAACUACAGUCACACAGACACUCAGAGACGUUGCGGACAGACACUCAGAGACGUUGCAGACAGACAUGCAAAGGUCCUCAGCAGCACGACCCAGUCUCCUAGAGAGAUGGACCCAGUCACUUGAGGCUGGUCUGAGAGACAUGAUGGCAUGCAGAGCCAGUGGACAGAGUACACUUGAUAACAUCUUUAACUAUCUCACCUUUCAUUGAUACCUUUCCCUUUCAUUCCCUCUUCCCUCUGUUCUUGCAUAGACCUUCUACCUCGCUUACCUUUCACAGUCUCAGUCAAUGAACACGCUAUUUUUUCUGCUGUCCACAGA